UGCUGCUACUGUCACUUCUGCCGCUGCCGCUGUUGUUACAGAUAUUGCUUUUGCUCGUACUACCGCAUGACAAUUGUUUUCCUCGUCUAAGCAGAUACCAGCCUCAGAUGCUCAAGGUGAGAGUCUUGGCUUUCGCUCUGGGCUAUUGGUUCACUUAAUCCGGUCAAUUUGUUCAGUGUUCGUGGUUUUCUUUCUCUUGUUACCCUCCUUUCCCCUGUUUUGUUUUGUUGUGCUUGCUUUUGGGGGGAUGUUUCUUUCCUCCCACAGAAGAGCUGUAAUUGCUUGAGAGACAUUUAAGGAAUUAUAAAAGUGGCCAGCAAACAGGAGCUCAGUAACAGCAAAGCUACUCUUGCUUCAGAGGGGCAGAGAGAGCAACAGAGAGCUCGGGGGCAGGGGGGAACAGGGAGAGUCUAAUUUUUGCUGUGCAUUACUCCUCUCCCAGUUUGGAUGAUGUUGCUGAGCUCGGACAUUUUGUUGACUUCCCCUCUGUGAUUUUUGCAGAGCACUGUGACUAUUAUUACCAUCUCUUUUUGUCUGUGUCUCACAGUAAUGGACUGUGAUAGAGUUAAGGCCUUUUGGAGGUGAGCUGUUUGAAAGCUGAUGCUUAAACAUGUCUGAAGUAGCUGCCAACACUUUCCCCAGCCCCUCAGCUCAGCUGAGCCUUGAUGCCUCCCUUGACGGGCUCCCGGCUGAGGAGAAUAUGCCGGGGACCCAGAGAGAGGACAGGAGGGUCCAGGGGAUAGCAGGCCUUGCCACGACCUGCUGUGUGUGCCUGGAGGCAGAGCGACUGAAGGGCUGCCUCAACUCUGAAAAGAUCUGCAUUGCCCCUAUCCUGGCUUGCCUGCUUAGCCUUUGCCUCUGCAUUGCUGGCCUCAAGUGGGUCUUUGUGGACAAGAUUUUUGAGUAUGACUCUCCUACUCACCUUGACCCUGGAAGGAUAGGACAAGACCCAAAGAGCGCUGUGGAUCCUACAGCUCUGUCUGCCUGGGUGCCUUCGGAGGUGUAUGCCUCACCCUUCCCCAUACCUAGCCUCAAGAGCAAGGCUGAAGUGACAGUGCAAAGUGACAGCUCACUCGUGCCCUCCAAACCGUUCCUCCAGCCUUCUCUGUAUAACCACAUCCUAGACGUUGGGUUGUUGUCCUCUGCCACACCUUCGCUGUCACCACCUGCCCUGGAGCCUACUACAGCAUCUCAGGCACAAGCAACCGAAACCAAUCUCCAAACGGCUCCAAAACUUUGUAAGUAG